AUGGCCUCAGAACCCGCCACAGUGCACAAGACAUAUAUCACCAAAGACUCCAGGGAAAGCGUCUGGUUCACAUUUCAAAAGGCCAAGUACCUCUGGGACGAUGGUGAGAAGAAACGCUUCGUCGGCCUCCAGUUCCCCGUCGACCUCCAGUUCCGGACGUACGCGGAGUGGAGAGGUUACCAGGAGGACGCUGACCUCUCGGCGGCGGAGCAGAGAUACGGGAAGAACAAUCUUCAGAUGGACGUACCCGAAUUCAUGGAGCUAUUCAAAGAGAGAGCUACUGCGCCUUUCUUUGUGUUCCAGGUAUUUUGUGUCGGACUCUGGUGUCUGGAUGAGUACUGGUACUAUAGCCUCUUCACGCUCUUCAUGUUGGUCAUCUUUGAGUGUACUCUAGUCCAGCAACAAUUGAGAAAUAUGUCCGAGAUCCGCAAGAUGGGGGCCAAGCCUUACAUGAUACAGGUAUACCGGAACCGCCGUUGGCGUUCGGUCAUGACGGACCAGCUCGUUCCCGGAGACAUCGUUAGCGUGAGCCGCAGCCAGAACGACAAUCUGGUCCCCUGCGACUUACUCCUUCUACGGGGACCCUGUGUUGUGGAUGAGAGUAUGCUGACAGGCGAGUCAGUACCGCAGAUGAAGGAGAGUCUGGAAGCCGUAGAGUUGGACCGCUACCUGGAUUUAACUACCGACGCUAAGCUGCACGUCUUGUUUGGGGGCACCAAGGUCGUUCAACACACACCCCCCAGCAAGACGGUCACUGGUCUUCGAGCGCCUGAUAACGGCUGUGUGUGCUACGUCCUGCGCACAAACUUCAACACCGCACAAGGGAAGCUGCUUAGGACCAUACUCUACGGUGUCAGCCGCGUCACUGCCAACAAUUUAGAAACCUUCGCGUUUAUCCUCUUCCUGUUGAUAUUUGCGAUAGCUGCGGCAUCGUACGUCUGGGUUAAGG